AUGCCAUCUAUUGAACCAAUUCAGAUAGAGCCCCUUCCCAUUCUAAAUGGCAAGGAGAAUGGCCUCCCUUCUCUCAAAGGCCCUAUCAAGAACGGAGAUGCAUUUGUGAACACAUUUGAUAUACCUCUCCCACCCCUAGCCAAGAAGCCUCUGAAAAUCUUGGACAUAGACAAGGAAACUCCGGAUGGGCACGUUGCAAGAGACCCUAUACAAGUCCGCUUGACUGGUGUUCACCCACAUAAUUCGGAGUCUCCUCUCACUGCCCUGUUUGAUGAAGGAUUCCUAACCUCCCCUGAAUUAUUUUUUGUUCGCAACCAUGGAGCGGUUCCUGUUAUUGAGCAAGAUGAUAUCCUCAACUGGGAGCUAUCGAUUGAAGGAUUGGUACAAAACCCUAUCGUCCUGACUUUACGGCAGAUAAUUUCCGACUUCCGCCAGGUAACUUGCCCUGUUACCCUCGUGUGUGCCGGCAAUCGUCGUAAAGAGCAAAAUAUGGUUCGAAAAUCCAAGGGUUUCAACUGGGGAGCGGCAGGUUUAUCGACUGCCCUGUUCACUGGGCCAAUGAUGCACGACAUCCUGACUCAAGCGAAGCCAGAUAGACGGGCAAAAUACAUGUGCAUGGAAGGGGCUGAUGCUUUGCCAAACGGGAACUACGGCACAUCCAUCAGGCUCUCAACAGCCAUGGAUCCAGCUAUGGGUGUUAUGCUUUCCUAUAUGAUGAAUGGAGAGCCACUCCGUCAAGACCACGGCUGGCCACUUAGAGCUAUUAUUCCAGGGCACAUAGGGGGAAGGAGUGUGAAAUGGAUCACCAAGAUAAUCUUGACCGAAAACCCAAGUGAUAACUGGUAUCACAUAUAUGACAACAGAGUCCUGCCAACGAUGUGUUCUCCUGAAAUGGCAACUGAGGACGAUAGCUGGUGGCGUGAUGAGCGCUACGUGAUUCAACAUCUUAACGUCAAUUCAGCCAUUGCCUAUCCACGACAUGAUGAAGAGGUUGUUGUGUCCACGACGCCUACAUACACAAUCAAAGGCUACGCCUACGGUGGUGGUGGAAGACAGGUUUCAAGGAUAGAGGUUUCCUUGGAUAGUGGAAAGACAUGGCGACUCUCGACCAUAAAGUACGAUGAAGAUAAGUACAGGGCAACAAGUCAAUACCUAUAUGGCGGUCAACUUGAUCUUUCCUGGAGAGAGACAUACUUCUGCUGGUGCUUCUGGUCGCUCGAAGUGCAAACGCAUGAGCUCGAAUCCGCAGACAGCAUUGUUGUCCGAGCUAUGGAUGAAGCCUUGAAUAUCCAGCCACGAGAAAUGUACUGGUCUGUACUUGGGAUGAUGAAUAAUCCCUGGUUCCGCAUCACAAUCUCUAAGGAGAAUGGCGUAUUGAAAUUUAAACACCCUACUCUACCUGCUACUCAGCCAGGAGGUUGGAUGGAACAAGUUAAGAAGGCGGGAGGUGACCUAACGGAUGGAAACUGGGGAGAGGCACCAAACGGUGCUAUAAAGCGGGCUGAUAUAAUCCCAGAGCCAGAAAUCAACAUGAAAAAGCUGGGCCUGAAGGUCAACAUUACUCUGGAGGAGUUCAAAGCACAUAACAGCCGCGAGACUGAUCCUUGGUUUGUGGUCGAAGGUGAAGUCUAUGAUGGCACCCCUUUCCUUGAAGGCCAUCCAGGAGGUGCCCAGAGCAUCAUCUCAACGGCAGCAACCGAUUGCACUGACGAAUUUAUGGCGAUCCACAGUGAAUCAGCAAAGGCCAUGAUGCCUGACUACCAUGUUGGGACUCUCGAUCCUGCUGCACUUCGUGAGCUACAGGCCUCUCAAGGGACAUCCAACAAACCUCUUCCAGUUAUCCACGAAUGGGAGAAGGUGACAUUGACCAAGAAAAAGGACCUAUCACUUGAUACUGCAUUGUUCACAUUUUCCUUUGCAGACAAUUCAAAGGUUUUGGGGAUUGGUGUUGGCCAGCAUAUAAUGUUGAAGGUCAAUGCGAAACCAGAUGAACCUACUAGCGCUGUCAUCAGGGCCAUUACUCCUCUAUCUGACCCAUCAUUGAAAGGAUGCAUGGAACUUCUUAUCAAAAUAUACCGACCAGCUCCUGGCUUUGCUGGUGGGCAGCUCACUGUUCCCCUGGACAAAUUGCCAAUUGGUGCAGAAGUGGACUACAGGCUGUCUUCUCACUGCAAAUUCGAAUACCUCGGCCGAGGUAGGGUUACGAUAGAUGGUAAGGAGCGGAAUAUAUCCUCAUUUAAUAUGAUCUGUGGUGGAAGCGGUAUCACACCAAUGUUCCAGGUUCUCCGGGCAAUCUUACAGGAUGAGGAAGAUACAACCACCUGUACCCUUCUUGACGGGAACCGCACUGAAGAUGAUAUUAUGUGCCGAUCGGAGCUGGCUUCAUUUGUAUCGCGUGAUGCAAAGAAUAAGCUGCAAGUUAUUCACACUUUGACCCAAGGUUCAAAAUCAUGGUGUGGAUAUCGUGGUAGGAUUUCGGAGGAUUUGUUAUCCAGGCAUAUCGUGCGCUCUAAGAACGGUAUGGUACUUAUUUGCGGCCCGGCUCCUCUGGAGACAGCCGUGAAGCAUAUGCUCCUCAAACAGCAGUGGAAUGAAGAGGACAUAUUCUUCUUCUAA